AUGACUACAACAGAGAUAUUCUUUUACAAGUUCUUGGUGACAAAACAAGUGUUUUUCAAAUCAAAAUACACAUAUGCAUUAGUUAAUCUAAAACCCUUAGUUCCGGGACACGUUUUAGUGGUUCCGUUACGUACAAAUAUUUUAAGAUUUGCUGAUUUAUCUUCAGAAGAAUCCAUUGAUUAUAUGAAUACACUUCAGUUGAUUCACAAGUUUAUACAACAUAUAUAUAAAGCUGAUGCAUUGAAUAUAGCUAUUCAAGAUGGACCUGAGUCCGGACAAUCUGUACCACAUUUGCAUACCCAUAUUAUACCAAGAUACAAAACAGACGGAUAUGGAGAUUCUAUUUAUACAAAGUUGGAAGUGGAAGAUUUGGAAACGCAAUAUGAAGAGUUUUUCGCUAGGAAAAAUUCAUACAGAGAAGCAUAUGAAGAUAAAGUAGAUAAAGAAUUAGCUAAAAGUGAUUCAGAUAGAGUUCCUCGAGAUGAAGCCACCAUGGCUAAAGAAGCCAAUUGGUUAGCUCAAGAAUUGGAAAAGUUUAAAGGAAAUUAA